AAACUUUGUGAAAAUUAGAAAAAUCAGAAAAAACAAUUCAUGUCAAAGCACUAAACCUUAGAAAAAGCAAAUAAAAAAAUCAUUAGUCAUCGGAAAGUGGAAGAUUUCCACGCUAGAAGACGUCCCUCUCUCUCUGUUCUCUUCUCUCUCACUUAAUCCAAUGAUACGCAGAGUAGCAUCAUCAUAGCGUCGUCAAAAUCUCAGAUUGCUUCGGGUACUGGUUCUGGGGUUUCUUCUUUGGCUGAGGGGGGGGGCUAAGGAGUUGACGAUGAUGGUGGUUUCUGGGCAGUCGAACAAUUAGGAUUGGCGCAGAAGAUGUGGGAACAGCAAGCGUGAUGCCGAGCUUCGAUUCUCAAUUACCUAUUUCCAAUGCGCUUUGUACCGAGGGAAAUGCAAUCCAUUCUUUUCGCGUUUCUGAUUUCGGGGCAUUCGAGCAAUCAAUUGGAUUUCGCUUAGAGGAUGCUGUUGACCUGACUGGAAAUACUGUGCUUCGUUCUACAAAAGUAAGUGGGCAAGUAGUUGCUUCCAAUCCCCUUCAUAUUGGCACCUUCGAUAAGUCGCCGAGUUCAGUUGAUAUAAAUUCAUCUGCCUUCCGCGUGGAGCGCCAGAGGUUGCCUUUAGAAAAGGGUCAAGCAUCAAAUCUUGUUUCUAUAUCAAGUGGUCAUAUAGAGAACUGGGAAGAGUCUGCCAUGGCUGAUGCGAGUCCUAGGACUGAUAUAUCAACAGAUGUGGAUACAGAUGAUAAGAAUAACAGGUUUGAUAGAGCCAUUGCUAAUGUGGCAUCUGAUUCCAGUGACAGAUCAAAGGAUAAAACGGAUCAGAAGACUCUCCGCAGGCUUGCUCAAAAUCGGGAGGCUGCAAGAAAAAGCCGAUUGAGGAAAAAAGCGUAUGUCCAACAGCUGGAGAGUAGCCGUUUGAAGCUGACCCAACUAGAGCAGGAGCUUCAACGAGCAAGACAGCAGGGAAUCUUCAUAUCAAGCUCAGGAGACCAAGCCCAUUCAAUGAGUGGAAAUGGGGCCAUGGCAUUUGAUGUGGAAUAUGCACGAUGGCUGGAAGAGCAAAAUCGACAAAUUAAUGAACUGAGAUCAGCAGUCAAUUCUCAUGCAAGUGAUGCAGAGCUACGUAUCAUUGUUGAUAAUAUCUUGUUACACUAUGAUGAGAUUUUUAGGCUGAAGGGCAUUGCAGCCAAGGCUGAUGUUUUCCAUUUGUUGUCUGGCAUGUGGAAAACACCUGCGGAGAGGUGUUUCUUGUGGCUUGGUGGUUUCCGUUCAUCUGAGCUCCUAAAGCUUCUUGCAAAUCAUUUGGAGCCUCUGACAGAGCAGCAACUGGUGGGCAUUAACAACUUGCAGCAGUCAUCCCAACAAGCGGAAGAUGCAUUAUCUCAAGGGAUGGAGGCAUUGCAACAAUCCCUGGCUGAGACAUUGUCAAGUGGAUCUCUUGGUUCCUCAGGUUCAUCUGGGAAUGUGGCAAACUACAUGGGUCAAAUGGCCAUGGCCAUGGGUAAACUAGGGACCCUUGAGGGGUUCAUUCGCCAGGCUGACAAUCUCCGGCAACAAACGUUGCAACAAAUGCACCGUAUAUUGACAACACGCCAGUCAGCUCGUGCUCUUCUUGCGAUACAUGACUAUUUUUCCCGGCUACGAGCUCUUAGUUCCCUCUGGCUUGCCCGCCCUAGAGAGUGAACGCCCUUCUCUUCUCCAAAGCUGACUGAUAAAACUAUGGAUCCUGAAUUUGAAAAAGAAAUUUCUCGUGUUGUAGUCUUAGAAUUCCAGUGUAUUGUUGGUAUCAGUAUUGCUUUGUCCGUUUAAGUCAUUGUAUGAUCUAGAAACGAUAUUGUCAAUGAGCUACAUGUAUCUUGUUUGCUAUCAAUAAUAAUGCUAUUAUUUA